UGAGAAAGAGAGAGAGAGAGUCAGACAGACAGACAGAAAUUAUAAAUGUCUUUGCAUACACCCUGCAGAGAGCAGGAUUGCUGGUGAGGAGUUCUCUUGGAAUCCUUCACAACAUAGCCCGGUGCUCAGGAGUCAGAGAGUAUUUCCUUUCUGCCGGGACCAAACAGAUGCAAUCGAAAAACUGGUAGAGUGGACGAAGAAGGCGACAGAGAACGAAAUAGACGGAAGAUUUCUUGGGUUCUCCGCCAUUGAGCUUAUUGAAGGACUGACUAAACUGGCGGCUAACGACGAGAACAAGAUAAAGAUUGUGGAGAAGGGAGCUCUCCCCGUGCUGUUGCGCAUGCUCCAGAGUUCUGACCCGGAAGAGCAACGGUCUAGCGCGGAGUGCGUCUGGAUGCUGGGUUUUCAUGAAGAUGCCAAACCUAUCAUGCUGA